AUGAACCUCUCUGAGGCCCAGCAGAUCACGCUUAUGAAGAUCAAGGCGAUUAUCGGGCAGGAGCAAGUGGCUCUUGUAAUGGCUCAAGGCCCGGAUGGACUUCGUGCAUGUCUCCUAGCCUUCUCGAGCUUUGAGUCCAUGUUGAUUGGACAGGUCCACGACCAUUUGACAUCUGCCAUGCCCGCUCAGUAG